AACACUCACAGGCAACUGGAUAAUCGAGACCAUCUAAUUUAAAAAGAAAUCCUCUAUCGUUUUCAACCAAGUCUCUGCAUUUCCGAUAUUCUCCUCCUCUUCUUUGGAAAAAUUGAAGGGCAGCAAGGACGUCGGCAGUUACUUAGACAUGCUAUGUAAAAGCUUCUCCUGAAAAUCACAACACAAACAAAACAAACUGACCACAACUCCUUGACCAUUAUCGACGAAACCGCUGGCUGGCCACUGUAGAACUUUCCACUACUCCAGCCAGUCCACCCCUCCAGUCUCUCAAGAUGGAAUCCUUUGACCCGGCCACAGGCGAGAAGCUGCCCCAGGACGCCAUCCAGCGCAUUCUCUUCAUCUCCAUGAACGUGCACGUCUACAACAUCCCCCCACUGACGUCGACAAAGGGCCACAUGGCCGCCCACUGGACCGAUGACCCCAAGCGCCACAUCUCCACCUGCCGGCUGCGUGUCAUCGAGACCGCCGUCCCGCAGCCUGGCGCCCAGGGGGCCGACGACAAGGUCAAGACGGACAUCGUGCUUGAGGACCUCUCCACGGCUCAGCUCUUCGCCGCCGCCCCCUAUACCGCGCUUGCCGCCGUCGAGCCCACUCUCGACAGUAGCCGUUUCUUUGCUGUGCGCGUGCAGGACCCCAGCGGCCGGAAGGCGACCCUGGGUAUCGGCUUCGAGGAGAGGAGCGAGGCCUUCGACUUUGGCGUUGCGCUGCAGGACGCGCAGAAAGCACUGGGUCUGGACGGGGGCGCCGCUGUUGCUGCUGAGAAGGCCCAGGCCAAGAAGCGGGAGGCCGAGGAGAAGAGGGACCUGAGCCUCAAGGAGGGGGAGACCAUCACGGUGAACCUGGGCGGCAAGUUUGGGAGGAGGAGACCGCAGCAGGAACAAAAGAAGCCUGCGGAUGAGGGCGCCAGCCUGUCGUCGUUCUCGCUCCCGCCACCGCCGUCUGGGAACCGGAACUCGUUGAUCGCACCCCCACCGAGCGCGAGUGCUCAGGCGGGCGUAUCACAGGGCAAGACCGCUGAGGACCUGGGGUUUGACGACGGCGAGAAUGGCGAAUUCGCCUAAUUGCAGAUGCUCAUUUCAUUUCAUGCAUGGCUAUGGCGCCCGGAGUUCUAUUCGAUGUUUAUUUAUCGACUUCAAAAGAAAAAAGAAGAAAAACAAAAAUAACAUGGCCGAUUAUCCGGAAGAAGAAAGAGAAAUCCAGCGCUCAGCUAGGAAAACCAGACAUAUGCUCCGACG